AUGGAGCCCGAGCAGAUGCUGCAGGGACAGGCACAGGUUGCAGAAAAUCCUCACUCUGAGUACGGUCUCACAGAUAAUGUUGAGAGGAUAGUAGAAAAUGAGAAGAUUAGUGCAGAAAAGUCAUCGAAACAGAAGGUCGAUCGCCAGUCUUUGCCAAUUUGUGCCUAUUUGGAUCAGACAGUUGUACCUAUCUUAUUAUAGGGACUUGCUGUGCUUGCAAAGGAAAGACCACCAAAUCCCAUUGAAUUUCUAGCAUCAGAUCUUUUAAAAAACAAGGCACAGUUUGAAGAUCAAAACUGACUUACUGGGAAGAACAGAAAAAUUUGGUUUCUACUGUAGAUUUAUAUGAUUAAGAGGCAGCUUUAAUUGCCAUG